AAUAUUUAUGCCAUUUUUCAGGUGACUGCCUUCAUGGGCCUCAAUGAGGCAGUAGUCAUGCAGUUGGAGCCCUGACUCCCGAUCUCAUUUUACUUGUCUUAGGCUUGAUGGACAAUUUCCUGUCGCAGCAAAAAUCAUAGCAUUUUCAUUUGAUAACUUUGGAGCCAUUAGGAGUGCCCAUCGUGUUUUUUUUGGAAGAAGAGAAUGAGACGAUUCAGUUUUGGGGUAACAUUGGCAUUAAAAUCAGACUGCUCGGCUUUAAUAUUCAGUGUUACUUGCCUCUUGCUGGUGGGACAAAUUGCAGCCAGCAUGAAAAACCUCAAAGCUGCUACCGAGAAGGAUGGGUAUAAAUAUUCUUCUUGCAAAGCAUGCAGAAAUUUGGUGGAUUCCUUCAAGAAGGGGAUGGAAAAAACUGCAAGAGGGAAAUUUGAGGGUGGGGACACCCAUUGGGAGGAGGCCAAACUUGGAAAAUAUGCAUCAAGUGAAGUCAGACUGACAGAGAUACAAGAGUUGCUGUGUCAAGAUCUGCCCCUUGGAAUCCAUCAAUGCAUGGACUUGGCCUCAGAGCAUGAGGGACUGAUUGAGGAGUGGUGGUUCCUCCCGGUUGAAUCUCAACCGACAUUGGAAGAGUUUCUCUGCAUUGAUAAAUUGAAAGUUUGCUGCCCUGCUCAUCACUUUGGUCCCGAUUGCCUGAAGUGCCCGGGAGACUCAGAAACACCUUGCAGUGGUCAUGGCAAGUGUAAGUUGGCUGAAGGGGUGCUUUUGGUCCUUGUGGUCUUUGUAGCUUGUGAUAAGUCCUGCAAAGGUUGCCUCGGUGAUGGUCCAGACACCUGUGUGGAAUGUGCUGAUGGUUAUCAUCGAAAUGCUGAGGGCAUUUGCAUUGAUUCAUCUCCAUCCAAGAGGGAGCAAGCCAUGAAUUCCUCCCGGUAUGUCACAUAUGCUGGGCUGUGCAUUGCAACUUUUAUCAUCUUCCAGAAGAACAUAUAUGCAGCAAGUGCUGUUGGAGUUCUUGUUGCUACCUAUGUUUCUGUUUCCGAGUGAAAGAUGGAGCAUGGAGUAGUUAUUCCAUGUGAGUUUUGUUGUAAGGUGUUUCCACUGGAAGAGGUAGCUGAGCAUGAAGCUGCCUGCUGUGACAAUCCAGGUAGUGUACCAGAAGAAUUGGACAAUUUCUGGCCUUGCUGUUCAGAGGAGGAACAGUGUGUGAAGGCUAUUGCUGUUGGUGACUGCAACCAAGCAGGUGUAGAGGCCACAAAGCAUGGUUGUCAUGCUGAUGAUGGACAACUGACUGAGGUGAAUAACUUGAUAGAUGGUCUCUGCUCAACCUUGGACUCCCUACAGACUGAGAAAGAAGGAGCUGGAACUCCUGCAGGAGGCACAGCCUCUGACCGUCCUUGCACAAUCUGCUUGACUGCUCCCCGGAAUUGUGUGAUCCUUAGCUGUGCCCAUGUUGUCACAUGCUUGGAAUGUGGUUCAAAUAGAAAGAGACACAUCAUGUCUAACAAAUACAAUUUGAAGUGGAACACACAUCAUGGAGAAACAUUUGCUAGCUUUGAAACUCUCCGUCAUAGGGAGAUGUUUGUGGAUGUGACCCUGUCGUGCAAUGGGCAGUUCUUGAAGGCCCAUAAGCUGGUGUUGUGUGCAGGAAGCGGUUACUUUGAACGAAUCCUUAACAAGGAUGGAACAGGGAUACCUACCAUUCACUUCUAUGGCAUAGAAAUCCAUUUGCUAAAGUUUUUGGUGGAAUUCAUGUAUUGUGGAGAAGUUGAAGUUCCAGAAAUGGAUCUUGAGAAGUUCAUUGAAGUUGCUGAGAACCUGGAAGUGAAGGGACUUAAGGGAGACAAGUCAAAGAGCAGUGGAUCGCACAAUGCUGUUGGCGGAACCACCAUCCCUGUGUCUGAUGUUCAUGAUGCUUUGGCUCACAAGAGGAAAAGCAAUGUACACUCUUGGCAAGAGUUUGGUGAAUCCCAGUUCCCACCUACAAAAGUACCACGAUCUCAAGCACCUGUUACACAAGGCAGGCAACAUCUUGUCAGGCCACACUCUCAGCAAUCAAAGACUGCACUGUUACCUUCUACUUCUGAAGCUCACAAAAGUCCAUCUGAGCCAACCAGGAGUGCAUCAGCUGAGGAGGUGUUGAUAAAGGAUGAGGAAGAAGAAGAGGAUGAAGUAAUUGAUAUUCCAGAUGUGAUGAAUUCAACUUCAGCUGCUGCUGAACAGGAAGAAUUGGAUCAUGCGAGCUUAUAUGCUCCUGAAGGGGUAGAAGGUGAGCCAGAAGCACCACUCAAUAUUCCUUCAGAAGUUGACCCACAGACAGUGACCUAUGUUCAGAGCUUCAUAUGGUGUGGGAAGAUGAAAACUACAGGGACCAAAUUGUACUUCUGUCCCGUAUGUCCUUAUGUGACCACCCGGAAAUGCAACGCAGAAAGCCACAGUCGCAAGCAUAGCAAAGAGAAGCCGUUUCAGUGUCCUGUUUGCUUCAAGUUCUUCACUGCUAUGUCCAGCAUGAAGACUCAUUGUGGUAUUCAGCACCCAUUCCAUCAUGAGAAGCUGCAAAUGCAGUGAUGGUGUGUGUUCAACUAUCCUGUGCUGUGUUGU